AUGUCCUCAACACAGAAUUUUGAAUUUCGGUUCGAAGUGAUGAAAAUUAUUAAAAAUAUAAAAUAUAGUGUACAUAAUAAUUAUGACGGUGGUAUGAUGCAAACUGGAUGGACGAAUGCCUACCAGUACCCACAUCAAAACUACCCUCGAAACAGUCCAUCACAUAGCUCUACAGGUUCUUCAGCGGAAGUAGAAGACAUAGAAGCAAUAUUGCGAGGCGAUUCAAACCACAUUGAAGAUGAGGAAUGA